UUUAUUUUAUGUUUGCAAAACACUGUCAGAUUGUCCAUUGUCACAGAUUUUUAUAAAAUGUUAUUAUCGUUAUUAUUAUAAGUGUGAGCCUUGUUUUCGAAAAUUUUGAUCCUUCCAUAAAUCGUGUGAGGAAGAAAUUCUUAAAAUAUGAAGUCAUCAAAGAUGGAAAGAUUUUUGCCGAAUGAGUGUUAUGUUUGUAAAUCGAGGGACAAUUUAACAAGAUGUAAAUGUAACAUGAUUUGCUAUUGCUCUGAGAAUCAUCAACUCAAACAUUUACCAGUUCACGAGAGUUUUUGCAAAGUAAUUAAAGAAUUGUUAAUAGAGAAAAAAGUGUCACACAUUUUUGAAGAGCUAACAAAUAUAACUGGAUCCCUUUGGGUAACAAAACGAAGUGAAAUCAAUAAAGAAAUAUUGAAAAAAUUAAAAAGACCUAUGAGUCCAUUAGAAAAUGCGAUGAGGAAAAAUCCGCGAGUGUGUUUCGUUUGUCGUCAAACAAGACAAGAAUAUUUAAUAAAUUGUCCUGAUUGUCCGGUGGCAAGUUUUUGUGAAAAUCAUUCUCAAGAUGUACUUCACACUAUGAAUUGUAAAGUGAUGAGUCAGUUCUUAAAAAUUCUUAACGCAGCCGAAGAAUUAAAUGUCGAUUUGAAAUUUCUGUCUCCUACUUUUCCGUGUAUUACAGAAGAGAAAGAAAAUCAACUUAUGGACUCACUUGCUGUCACAUAUAAAGUAAAUAAAAUGGAGGAAAAAUGUUUAGAAUCGAGAUUCUUGAAAAUAGACCUCAUUAACUUUAUGGACGUAGCUUCGAAAAUUAAUAGUGCUUUACAAAAAGUGCGCGACACGAUUCCCGAAGUAUUGACAAUUCACAUCGAUGCCCUUUUCUAUAUACACGCAAUUACGAAGAAAAAUUAUUGGGAAUUUCUCCUGCACCUAAAUCCACAGAUAAAAAAAUUAAAAAUAGUCUUCACUUCAUCUGAAAAUGGAUCCAAUUCAAAGACAUCUCUUUGUGAAAAUUGUAUUUCAGAGGAAAAAGAAUUGAUUGCUGAAUAUUCGUCAGAAACUUACGAAGACUACAUGCUGGAGGAAAAAUAUCAAGAACCGGACCUUCUGUUUUAUGUUCAAAUCAACCUUAGAAGUAUCUCUGAAAGAUUAAAUAAGUGGAGUGAAUUUAAUUGUCCCGUCAUUUUGCGAUUUGACACAAAUUCCAAUUUUUGUAAAACAGAACAUUUUCUCUCGUUUUUAACAGCAAAGUUUGAAUUUAUUUACGAGGGACAAAUAAAAGCAGCAUUCAGUACAUUAUCCUCUAUUGAAAACAAAGACUAUUUCAUAAUUUUGCAAUCAAAGGAAAAUAAAGAAAAAAAAGUACCUCAAAAAUCUUGUAAAACUGCAGUCGAAAUCACCGAGAAAAAUAUUGAUACAACAACUGAAGUUCUUGUAGAUAGAAACAAAAACAAUGAAUCGAAUAAGAAACAAAAAUCCGUAGAUCGAGAGACACUUUCACCAUCUUCAUCGAAACGUUCAUUUGCAACUAUUUCCGAACCCGGAGACAAGGAGGAAGGAGAGAAGAGUAAAAAAUCAAAAACUGAAAAUUGUAAAAAUUGUUCAAAAUCUAUCGAUAAGGAAAAUUGCGGUCAAAAUGGCGAAGAAAGGAAAAUUGCCGAAAAGGACGAUAAACUUAAUUGUCAAUCAUAUCUAAUCGAACACAUUUCGUUUCUCAAAAACGAAAUCGAAGGCUUACGACAACAGUUAAAUUUAUCAAUCAAUGAGGUUACGAAACAGCAAACAAAACUUGAUCAAGUUUCUUUUGAUUUAAACAAAAAGAACAAGUUAAUAAACAAAAUAUUACGCGAUAUUGUCAAUGCAACGGACACUGAACUUAAAGACACAGAUUCAUUGUGUGAAAACGGUGAAAAUAACAGCAUUUAAUCCGUAUUGAAAAAUUUAGUUUUUUAUUUCUUUAAAAGGAAUCGUCUAGUUUUUAAAUUUAUUUGAAUUUAAAAUUCAAAUAUUACUUUCUUAUUUUUUAUCCCCGUUUACUGUUUUCAGUGAUUAAAGUUGUCAAAUAUUGUUAAAAAAAAAUGUGAUGUAUUAUAAUGAAUACAAUUAGUUCUACUUCGAUUUCAAAGAAUGAUUAUCGAAUUUCUAUUUUUGUUAAACAGAAAAUUCGUAUCACUGUUUUGAAUUAAAAAUUCAAUCACUCCUAAUAAUGUUUCUGUAUUUCUUUUUUAUAUUUAAACUAAAAUUGUAUUUUUAUAAAAAUAUUUAAAUAUUAUGACUGUCAU